UCUGGGUUCAAUGAGACAAUGACUAGAUGUCCAAAAUGAGUCGACGCAAAAAAAUAGAAUGGCAACGAUGAAGAAAUUAGCAAGAAAAUUCACCAAAUCUCUCCGAAAUUCAAAUUCCCACGACGAUAAUCUCUCUCUUCCCACCGUCGACGAAGAUCGUCCCAUCGAUACUCAAGAACAAGAAGAAUUGGUUCGAUCCCUGGAAAAAUUACACUCCCAGCAAAGCCGAUUAUGGAGGAGUAUAUUUGCGGUGUUGAUGUCGUGCUACAUUGCAUUUCUGCUAUUCUCCAUGUAUCACCAAGCUGCUUACCCUUGGGAUUUGCGUUACCAUGCUUACUUCAUGGAGGACAUUGAUUCACGGCUUAUCAUUCUUUCAGAUUGGUUAGCUGUUAUCGCGUGUUCAACAGCCAUUCUCGGGCUUAUAAAGAGUUCAGAGCACCAUAGACAGUGGAUUUGGUAUGCUGUGUUUGGUGGGAUACCACUUGCUGUCUUCUGGCUAUAUUACAUGCUUAGAUUACCAAAGUUUCGGUGGGAUAUCAUUUGGCUUCCAUUUGGUCCUUUAAGUGGGGCUGGGAUAUGCCUUUACGUGGAUCAUUUACUUCAUGAAUCGUCUGAAGAAGUUCGAAAGCUUAGAAAUUACAUGUAUGCUUACAAAGCGAGCUAAAUUCCUCUUCCUUCGUGACUUUCUUCUUAUUCCUGAAAUGGUGUUGAAUUGAUUCGGAGAUCUUGACUGAGAAGAUCGCAGUUUUUAAGGAUUUUGCGAGGUUAGGGUGCGUGUGUGUACAUGGUAACUUUGUUGUUAUUUUUGCGCCAUUUACCUGUAGUUUUGUUAUUUGUUCACUUUGCUACGAGUAAGAAGUGGAAACGACGAAGAGUAACAGUCUGGUCUUUUUUUUUCCCGGGCUUUCCUCUCUUGUUGUCAUCUUACACUAUCGCGUUGUGCAUGGAUUAUUAUUGUAACAGCUUCACUUUGCUUCAGUAAGAUCCUUUCUUUUCCGAUCUAA